CCCACCGCUCCCAGGGCUGCCGGAUCUCGUUGCGGCUCCUUGCCGGCUUGGGGCCGCCAGGCAUCCGAAGUAGCGAGUUGUGUGGCGACGCUGCGAUCUGGCCCAGCCAUGGACCGGAAGGUGGCUCGAGAGUUCCGGCACAAGGUGGAUUUUCUGAUUGAAAAUGAUGCGGAGAAGGACUAUCUAUAUGAUGUGCUGCGGAUGUAUCACCAAACCAUGGAUGUGGUCGUGCUUGUGGGAGACCUGAAGCUGGUCAUCAAUGAGCCUAGCCGCCUGCCGCUGUUUGACGCCAUCAGGCCCCUGAUCCCACUGAAGCACCAGGUGGAAUACGACCAGCUGACCCCCCGGCGUUCCAGGAAGCUGAAGGAGGUGCGUCUGGACCGUCUGCACCCUGAAGGCCUCGGCCUCAGUGUUCGUGGGGGCCUCGAGUUCGGCUGUGGGCUCUUCAUCUCCCACCUCAUCAAAGGGGGUCAGGCUGACAGUGUCGGCCUCCAGGUAGGGGAUGAGAUCGUCCGGAUCAAUGGAUAUUCCAUCUCCUCCUGCACCCAUGAGGAAGUCAUCAACCUCAUCCGCACCAAGAAGACUGUGUCCAUCAAAGUGAGACACAUCGGCCUGAUUCCCGUGAAGAGCUCUCCUGAUGAACCCCUCAAAUGGCAGUAUGUGGAUCAGUUUGUGUCAGAAUCUGAGGGUGGGCGGAGCAGCCUGGGCUUCCCCGGCAGUCGGGAAAACAAGGAGAAGAAGGUCUUCAUCAGUCUGGUAGGAUCCCGGGGCCUUGGCUGCAGCAUUUCCAGUGGGCCCAUCCAGAAACCUGGCAUCUUUAUCAGCAACGUGAAGCCUGGUUCCCUGUCUGCUGAGGUGGGGCUGGAGACAGGGGACCAGAUUGUCGAAGUCAACGGCAUCGACUUCUCCAACCUGGACCACAAGGAGGCCGUCAACGUGCUGAAGAGUAGCCGCAGCCUGACCAUCUCCAUUGUAGCUGGAGCUGGCCGAGAGCUGUUCCUGACAGACCGGGAGCGGCUGGAGGAGGCACGGCAGCGCGAGCUACAGCGGCAGGAGCUUCUCAUGCAGAAGCGGCUGGCAAUGGAGUCCAACAAGAUCCUCCAGGAGCAGCAGGAGAUGGAACGACAGAGAAAAAAAGAAAUUGCCCAGAAGGCAGCAGAGGAGAAUGAAAGAUACCGGAAGGAGAUGGAACAGAUUGUGGAAGAGGAGGAGAAGUUUAAGAAGCAGUGGGAAGAAGACUGGGGCUCAAAGGAACAGCUGCUCUCAUCUAAAACCAUCACCGCUGAGGUGCACCCAAUACCCCUUCGCAAGCCUAAGUCCUUUGGGUGGUUUUAUCGUUACGAUGGCAAAUUCCCAACCAUCCGGAAGAAAGGAAAGGAUAAGAAGAAAGCCAAGUAUGACAGCCUGCAAGAGUUGAGAAAGAAUAAGAAGGAACUAGAGUUUGAGCAAAAGCUUUACAAAGAGAAAGAGGAAAUGCUGGAAAAGGAAAAACAACUGAAAAUCAACCGGCUGGCCCAGGAGGUGUCCGAGACAGAGCGGGAAGACCUUGAGGAAUCGGAAAAGAUUCAGUAUUGGGUGGAAAGGCUCUGUCAGACACGCCUUGAGCAGAUUUCCUCUGCUGAUAAUGAGAUUUCAGAGAUGACCACGGGGCCCCCGCCUCCCCCGCCUUCUGUGUCUCCCCUGGUCCCACCCCUGAGACGCUUCGCAGGCGGGCUGCACCUCCACACCACUGACCUGGAUGACAUCCCCUUGGACAUGUUCUACUAUCCCCCCAAGACUACCUCGGCCUUGCCUGUGAUGCCCCACCCCCCACCCUCCAACCCAUCCCCCAAGAUCCCCGCGCCCCCUGUCCUUCCCUCAUCAGGCCGUGUGAGUGCCUCUUCUUCACCCUGGGUCCAACGCACUCCACCCCCCAUUCCCAUCCCUCCCCCACCAUCUAUCCCCACCCAAGACCUGACUCCUACCCGCCCGCUACCCUCGGCACUGGAAGAGGCACUGGGCAACCACCCCUUCCGUGCUGGGGACACAGGAAAUCCAACAGAGGACUGGGAAGCAAAGAACCACAGUGGGAAGCCCACUAAUUCCCCUGUCCCUGAACGGAGCUUCCCACCCACCCCAAAGACAUUUUGCCCAAGCCCACAGCCUCCCCGAGGCCCUGGCGUGUCCACCAUCUCCAAACCUGUCAUGGUCCACCAGGAGCCCAACUUCAUCUACAGGCCAGCUGUGAAAUCCGAGGUCCUGCCACAGGAGAUGUUGAAGAGGAUGGUGGUUUAUCAGACCGCGUUCAGACAAGAUUUCCGGAAAUAUGAGGAAGACUUUGACCCCUACUCCAUGUUCACCCCAGAGCAGAUCAUAGGGAAGGAUGUCCGCCUCCUACGCAUUAAGAAGGAGGGAUCCUUAGAUCUGGCCCUGGAAGGCGGUGUGGACUCCCCAGUCGGAAAGGUGGUCGUCUCAGCUGUGUAUGAGGGGGGAGCUGCUGAGCGGCAUGGUGGCAUUGUGAAAGGGGAUGAGGUCAUGGCGAUCAAUGGCAAGAUUGUGACGGACUACACCCUGGCUGAGGCAGAGGCCACCCUGCAGAAGGCCUGGAGUCAGGGGGGCUUCUCCCCACAGGACUGGAUCGACCUUGUUGUUGCCGUCUGUCCCCCCAAGGAAUACGAUGACGAGCUCUCUUCUCUUCCCUCCUCUGCAGCCGAAAGCCCCCAGCCGGUCCGAAAGUUCCUUGAAGACCGUGCUCCCGUGCAUAGACACAGGUUCCUCCUGCAGCUGGAGCCUGGCAGCCCCCCACGGUGAAUAGGCAGGCGGGCUACAGGGCCCUGUCUGUCCAUGCUGCAUGCAGUGGCCAUCUGCUGCCGGUGCUGGCAGGUUCUUUGGACUGGCAUCUGGAGGGCUGUACAAGGCUCCAUCCCUGAAGUGCCAUCCAGGCCUGCUGGGGGCCACCCUGGAAUUUUGUCCACCUCAAAGACCCUCCCACUCAGGGGGAGCCAAGCAGAGCCCAGUUUGUAGCACACUCGGGACCUGGGUAUCCCACUCACCAGAGCCCUUGAGAACAGCCACGGGUGCUAUGCAGCACCCAUGCAAGCAGGGUGGGGGCAGUGAGCACCAUUCUCUACUGGGCACAGACAGUGCCUGAUGGGCUGGGUGAGCCCAGAGGAAGUGCAGCCUGGAUAUCCCCCCCAGAGGUGUCCUCAGCGAAAUGUGCCUCCCUUCCCUGGGAACACCACCCUCUGGGAGCCCCUGCUCUACCAGGCCCCAUGCUUGGGCAGAGCCAGGGCAAUUAGGAGGCAAUUAAGGCUGGUCCAAAGAACCAGGGUUGGCCUAUCUGAGCUGUUCAUGUCCUGUUGUGACUUGUCAUGGCCUGAGCCCUGCUUGGACCAAACUGUCCCCUGUGCCUUCUCUCUCCCUUGGCUCCAGCUCCCUUGACAGUGUCCUCUGUGGAACACUGUGGAGCCCAGUUUGGGGAUGGGCUUCCCACUCUGUGACAGAGCUGUGCUCAUGGACAGAGCUGGCAGGUGGCCAUGAAACUGGUGUUUGGUGUGGCCUAAGGCCCGCAGCUGGCAGCAUAUGGGGCAGACUGAGGCCUGGACUUGUUGACUUUUCUGUUACAAGUUUCUCAAAACAUGAGGACCUCACGCUCCCAAGACAGUGGGCCCGCUCUGCCCUGCCUUCUGGGAUGGCCUCAGUGGCCCUAUGUUUUCUGCCACUUGUCAUGUGCUCUUUGUAAGGGACCCCACACUGCCUUCUGGUCCCCUCCUGUCUCAUCCCACAUAUCCCUUCUGACCUCUCCCUGGCCUCGUGUGUUGUGGCUAUAGCGUCUGUGGAGCUGUGUGGGGCCUGCCGUGUGCUGCCUGUUGUCAGGCCCUGCCCUGGGCUGCGUGUGCACCCACAAGGCCUGCAUCCGCCUGGUCUGCUUCUUCUUCC